UCCUGCUUUUAUCUCCCACAGAACUGUUUAAUUAAGAUGGAAGAGAAUGGGUACACAGGAGUUUUGGGUGACUUUGGACUGGCAGAGAAAAUCCCUGAUAACGCAAGUGUAGAAAAGUUGUCAGUGGUUGGAUCACCUUUUUGGAUGGCUCCAGAGGUACUUCAUAGUGAGCAUUAUAAUGAAAAGGCAGACGUGUUUUCGUACGGCAUUAUUCUAUGUGAAAUAAUUGCCAGAGUACAAGCUGAUCCUGACUAUCUACCUCGGACAGUGAACUUUGGAUUAGACUAUGAUGCAUUUCAGAACAUGGUUGGGGACUGUCCACCUAGCUUUCUUCAGCUUGCCUUCAACUGUUGCAAUAUGGAUCCAAAGCUUCGUCCAUCCUUUCCAGAAAUAGUGAAAAUGAUAGAAGAGAUAAUGCCACAAUUAGAAGAGGAAGACCAAGAGAAAUGUGCAAACAGUGAAGAAGGUAGAGAAACCAAGCCAAUUAAUCUUCAGAAAAGUGCAGGAGAGAAAGGACUGGCGAUAAAAAGGUGCAGCCCCCUUAGACUUCCAGGUGAUAAGGUUCCUCCCAAAUCUCCUCGACCUCGUCGAAAUAUAUGGCUUUCUCGUAGUCAGUCAGACUUCUUCACACGAAAAGGGAGUCGGAAGAUUAAUGUCCAAGAUCCUUACUAUACCCCUUGCAAAGGAACGUCACGCAAGGUUAACCCGUUCGAUGCUAGGCAGGAUCUGAAAGGUGGAAAGAUCAAAUUCGUGGACACACCAAGUAAAUCAGUAAUAUCACUUGCAUUUGACCUGCCAUCACCUGAUGCUGCAAAGUACCCAGUCACUUCAACAUCCCAGGUGAAACAGUGCUGCAGUGGAGAUUUUCAGGAAUCUUUACUCUCUGAAAGACAAUAUAGGUCCCUUCCGGCUUCUCCUGAUCUUUCAACAAAAGAAUGUCACAGUUUUGGGCCCUUUUCAUUAAAGCUUGGUAAAUGUGACCCUAUGCAGAUAGAAACAGAUGUGCGGCAAAAAGAGUCAAGCAAUUCCUUGUACUCUGAGUUGGAAAUUCCACCAUUUAAGUUCAAACCACAGACACUGGAAUCUGAAUCAUUAAAACAUUUUGAUAUGGACUGUUCAGCAAGUGAAUGCCCACAGGAUGAAAAUGAAUCAUGUGCAAAGAACAGGAAACUAUUAAAGCUAAAAACCAAUGAAAGUAUGAUUGUCCUUGGGCAAGAAAGUUUGAAUUGUAGUAAUAUAACUGGAGAUGAUGGACCAAAUUUAGAUGGUGCAUCAUUGAGCCAUUGGAAUAGCUUAGUUUCUGGUGAAGAAAUGGAGGAACAGGAAAUGCAGAGGCACCUGUCUAAGUUAGCGAUACCAGAACCCAAGUCAUCUUUCCAUGUAAAUACAGUUCUGAAACGAGAUGAAGUGGACCCAAGUGAUUCUGUUUUUCUACCUGAAGCUUCUGACAUGGAAGAGCAUCCAUCUGUAGUACUGACUCCAUGCAUGGCCUCAAAUCCAUGUCAUCUUCAGUCAAAAUGUGACAUUUGAAAGGCAUGCAUGUACUAACAUUGUUCGGAGAGGCUUCAUAUAACAGCUAUUUCUGCAUAAUAAAAAUGUUAUUUUAUUUUGUCAGAAAAGGUAUAUAUGAGAGACUCGAAUUCCAAAGCUAUUUUGGCAGGUGGGUGCUGGUACCAUAGACAUCAGUCUGUUCUGAUAAAUUACUUGGCUUAAUAUGUGAUGAUAGGCCAGUAUUAAGUUAUCUCAUUCGAGUAGACUUUGGAUCCUCUGCAAGUUAAUUUGAACCUUUAUGACAGUAGUCUAUCCACACUCCUUUUUUAAUAUCAGUAUGAGCACAUAAGCAGUAUAUCCAUUUGCAACUUCCAGUAUUUGUAGGAUCACUAAUGAUUUGAACAAAUGUGUUAGCCAUUCUUCUGUCAAUCAAAUAAGGUUCUUUAAAACUUUCCACAAUUCUGAUGCAGUUUGCUGUAUCACAGGUAGCUAUCAUUUUAAUGAAAACCUAGCGGGCACGUUAAUUAUAAAAUAAUUCUUACUUUGUAUUUUUCUUGUCAAGAUCAUAUCUGUGCUGCAGGAAGGUUAUUUGAGUAAAGGGGAGUAUAUUUACUUCAUGUUUGCACCCAAGUCUGCUUGAGAUAAGAUUGUUAGGAACAGAGUUUCAGUAUAAGAAAGCUUGCAUGUUUAGGGUACCUGAAUGUAAUAAACUGUGCUGACUGUCAGUAUAGUUUUUCCUUUGUCUGCAAAAAAUAUAUUUUUUCUAAAUUUGUUUAAAUUUUCUAAAUUUACUCACAUUAAAGACAAGUCAUCAAGGUUUUUUAUACAAGAGAAGCACUUAAUCACUUUCUUUCUUUCCUAUAGCUUGAAAGAUGUUACUACUGUAUAUUUUGUAUUUCAACCUGGACUACUGUAACUGGAGUCAGCAGCAUGGUGCCAUAUUAAAUAUAGCUUAUGGUGGGUCAACCCUCAGAAUUAGUGUGAAGAAUAUUUAAUUUACAAAUCAACACAAGGUGUAUUUAUCUUUUUGAAUCCUGUGAAAUGCAGUUCCAUUAUAAUGCGGCAAUUUUGUUUGAAUUGGAUAUAUUCUUCCUCUUGUCUCCCAAAAAUGCAUUGCAGUAAAUGUUUUCCACAACGGUUUCUACUGCCUUGUAAUUGGCAGCUAGGCUGUGUCAGACAUUUAUUUGCCUUUUCUGUUACUGUCCUUUCUGUACCUGUGCUGAAGUAUCUUAUACGUAUCUAGUGCUGCACUUUGUAGAACCUAGAUUGCCCUGUUGUAUAUGUUCAGUUAAUUAGGUUUUAACCAUGAAUGUGAAUUAUAAAGUAAUGGUUCUUUUACACUCCAUUUAAAGUAGCGCUAUUGAUAUGGAUCUGAUCUAUUAACAAUAAGUCAGUAUCAAGAUAAAUUGGUACAUUUGAUGUUCAUCUGAACUAAUGGGAAAUUUACUUCAAAUCAUCUUCAGUUAACCUGACUCAUUGUUUAAACAUAUUCCAGGUUUUUCCAAAGCUAUAUUGCAGAUAUUUUCUGAUCUAAUCAGUUUUGACACAUAAUGAACAAAUUAGUUGAUGGGGAAUAUUUUGGUGUUGAGGCCCAUGAAUUUAUAACACUUUCUUUCAUUUCGUUAAAAUUUUGUGUAUUUUCUCAUCUUGGGACUACCAGUGAUUAUUUAGCAUCCAAUUUGAUUUUCCAAUUACAGUACAGUAAUGGUGAAGCAGCAGUUCAUUGUUUUAAAAAAAAAACUUGGUCAAGCUGAACAACGCAUUUGACUCAUUACUUUGGCUUGAUAUGUGUUAUUUACAUUAUUUUGAGUUUUUUUUUGUAUUCACCAUAUCCACAGGAUUUUUUAGUUCAAUUCAUAAAAUCACUCUGCAAACAUACGAGAACAACUUGAGAGUGUGAAUAGAGACUUUUGGACAGUUCUUAAUUUUUAAUGUCUCAAACAUUUGUAAUAUCGAAGAUUGUCUUUGUAAAUAGUUUUCUAAAAUAGCAUAUAAGCUUGAUUUGUGAUUUGAUUGUCAACAAGAGUCUUUGAAUAGAGAAAUUUGUAAAUCUAAUACUAGAGUGAAGAGAUCUUGUAAUUCUAGUCAGUUUACCAUUUUGACAAAGUUGGUGAUAGAAAUUGUAUUCUUUAUCUGCCUUGAUUACUAAAUUAUAUAUUUUGCAAAUUACAUCUUUUGCUGGGGAAAAGGACUAUUUUGUAUUUCGGCAUAAUGUACCACAUAGCUUGAUGUUUUAUUUUAGAAAGGUGAACCACUUAUCUUGGGACCAUCCUUCCCCAGUCUUUAUAUUGGCCUUGAUUUGGGUUACAAAAACAGCAUUAAGUGAAAACCCAUACUAUUUUGAGUGUUGUAAUUUAUGGAGACCCCAAGAAGUGACCUAAUUUUGAUCAAAAACCAUAAUUUUUGGUGUAAAUUAAAAUUCUUAUGCAGUUAUGAAUCGAUUUCCCAAGUAGAAUGUGCAAAUAAAAGGCUUGUGGGCGACUGAUUCCAAAGGUACAUAAUUAGUACAUAGACAUGCAAUAUGUACUAAUUAAGGAGAGUUACUAGCAUGUUGAUUUGGAUAAAGUUAUCAAUGGAAUCAAAGUUAACCAUAUGCAGCAAGAGAAGAAGUUGAAUAAUAAAAAUACAGUCUUUUGGGAAGAAAGCAAACAAGGGAACAUAGUAAGGCGUACUUGUUGCUGUCAUAUAUUGUUUGUUGAUAUUUGAAUCUGGCUAACCCUAACAUUUUGGGUAAAAUAAAUCCUUUGCCACUUGCAAAAUUAUAAGAGUUUUAGUUCUGUUUGAGCUCUUGAAAGGACUUUGGUUCCAUCUAAGAAAUGGCUCAAUAAGCAAGAAGGACACUGUUUUCUUAUCCAAAAGCCUUUAUUUGCAAGCCUUGACUUGGAGCGUGGAGGUAUUUCAGUUGGCCCUCAGCUGUGUAUAUUUGAUGCCAAAAAGAUUGUUCUGAAAAUACCUGCCCUAAACUUGGCUGAAUAACAAUGAAUGAAAAUAUAAUUAGUAAGAGGUUUACAACAUAUGGAUAUGGUUGCAUUAAUAUUUACAUACUGUAUAUCAAAAGAAUUUUAACUGAGUUCAGCAAGUUUUAUGUAGAAAUGUGCCCAAAACACACUACAUCUUCGGAGGGUACGAAGUAUGUAAAUUCUUCCCUCAUUUGGCAUGUAGCAGUUAUGUGCUAUUUGAUUCAAGAGAGGCAUACACUUGCACAGAAGUUUAGCACCUUUUUAAAAUAAAAAAAAUUGUUGUAAUGGCCCAAGAUGCCAAAUCAAUCACUUAUUGGCUCUCCUUAACCAUCACUACUUGCCCUCAUCUCAAACAUUGAAUCCUGAUCAAUAGUGGGCUUUGUGCUAGUUUGGCUUGUAGUGUAUGUUUUCAGGAAAUUAGACACAGUUGAGACGUAAUGUAUAGUAUAGCUUUUACAUCAUGUGUGCUACUACAGUUUCACAAUUUAAUACAGAAAGUAUGACUUUGCAAUAGAUAAUGCAACUGAAGUCUUGAUUUUUUUUGCAUUCUAUUGUGAGACAAAAGGUAUUUCAGCACUAAACCAGUCGGAAACCAAAUGGAAUCUCAUGUUAAAAUACCUUCUGGUUUUCAUUUUGAUCAACAAUGUCACUAAUGUACAAGAAGCAAAGCUGGGCAUCCAAAUUCCUCCAUCCCGACAAACUUAAAAACACAUGCAUUUGCAACAGCAAGUUGCAUUGUAUAGUUGUUAGUGUGUAGCUAAGUUCAAGGCCAUUUGAUUUUAUGAAUAUUUGGGUGAACACCAACAAAUAACAGCGAUUGAGGUAAAAAGAUCCACUUUCUUAACAUGACUCUGUAUUUCUACAGAAUGUAAUGUAUAAUGUGUAGAAUAGAAUGACAGGAAUCUGAUGGUUUGGCUUCACUUUGUGAUUGCACAAAAGAUUUUGCACAAAAAGGCAUGUGGCUUUUGUAAAUUAUUUUGAAUUUCUGUAUAUUUGAUUAUUGGUUCCCAGUAAUGACACCGCAAGCUCUUUGCCCUUGCAUUUAAUUGCAAGAAUUUCAGACUGUUUACACUGCAAUGUUUCACUGGGGUGAGAAGAAAACCUAUCCAAAAUAAUAAGGGCGAAGUCCAUUCAAAUUUAAUGCUUGCUUAAAUGGAAAUAUUUAGGCAUAUCUUUCAUUGAAAGAUUCUGAUCGUGGAUAAGGAAUUAAAUCAAAGUGAUAAAUACCAGGUUUUAAAUAUGCUUGUUGUUUGUAAUAUAGCAGUUGUUACAAAGUUGAAAAUAUAGCUUCAAUCAUUCCGACUGAUUGCAUGGAUUAUAUCAGCAUUAGCUCAGCAGUAGCACUUCUGUCUGAGUCUGAAGAUUGUGGAUUCAAGUCUCAUUUGAUAUUUAAGUACACUAAAUAUGUUGACACUUCAGUGUAGUAGUGAGUACUUUGCAUUGCUGGGAGUGUCAUUUCUUGGUUGAGAUAUUAAUUGGAUCUUGUACAGGCUCAUCCACCAUGCAAUAAUAGCAGUAUUAUUUUCCUGGUGUCCUGACCAAUAUAUUUUCCCUCUACUAAUCAUUUUAGGGAACAAAAAGGCAGAUAAUGUAUUGUCUUCUGUUACUGUAAUUGCUAUAUCCAAACUGGCUACUCAAUUUCCUACUUUACAACAGUAACUAUACUUCAGAAGUAUUCCAUUGGCUGUAAAGCACUUGGAGUAUCUUGAGGCUGUAGAAAAGCAUUUGCUUCUGAUCAAAGUGUAGUUUUGAAAUGACCUUAUAGUACUUUAGUUUGGAAUUUUAAGUUAUGCAUGAACCAUGUAGAUCACAGCUUUUGAACCGAGGCACGAGUUUAUUCUUUGUUUGGUACUUUUCCAUUUCAUUGUGACAUUUCCAUAUGAGUGUUGCUCAAUAUAUGGAUAUUAGUAUUUCAUAUGUGCACUCAAUGUUUUGUAACCCUAUACCCGACAAUGCAGGAAUUUAGUGUGGAAAACCUAAUAUCAGUAUGUUUGAAUACCAAAUAUGCUGUGCAACUGAAGCACAAGUCUGCACGUUUUUUAAAUACAGGCUUAUGGAGGGAGUGUGCAGAGGUACAAGGAGGAUACAAAUCUGUAGCCUGCUUUGUAAUGCUGGGUUGUGUAAUUCAUCUGCAGUUACCUACAGUUUUGAAGAACUUGCUACACGAUGCUGCAUAUAAAUUAUAAAAAGGCUUAUAUAUAAAAUACAUAAAAAUGUACCGACCCGAAGUGAAUAUCUGACUUUUGCAACCUAUGCUUGGGAAAAGCAAUUAUUUUUGUUGAAAUAGAAUGCAUCAAGUGGACUAAGCACUCUGAUCUGUGUAGAAGUUCCAGCUAAGUAAUGUGUCCACUAUAAGUGGAGAAGCAACAGGUUAUUCAACUUUAAAUCCAUUUGUACCAUACCAGUAAUUUACAGAAAUGAUACAUUUGGAUCAGUUUAAUUUUUCAGGAACCAUUUAUUAUAUGUUUGAAUGGGAAUUGCUUUGUGAUUCAGCUGCUGAUCAGAUGCAAUAUGAACAGGAGUUUGCUUAUUUUCAUGCAGGAGUAUUCCUUUGUUUCGAUUAGUCCUAAGAUUUGAGCUGCCUGUCUAAGUAAUAGUGAUGAGCUCACAAAUUGAUUUCCUGCACCUAGUGGAAUUUUUCCCAAAAGGUACAUUAUUGUGCACUAUGUAUUACUAAUUAAAACAGUUUGGCAAGAUGGAAGUGUAUAAUUUUGGUAAUAAAUUUCAAUGUACUGAUUGCUAGGCUUUAAACUUUAGUAUAUUUGGGAGAAACCAAAGCAUUUUGCUGUGACUCAUUUUCUGAAUUAAUUUCCAAAUUAAAACUAAAUUGCCAUUUUUGUCCAUUAUAGAACACCUGUUUAGAUGAAACAAUUCAAUAAUUGCUAAACUCAUUGUUUAAAUUUAAUCACGAGAUUAGGUUUGAUUUGCUUCCCAUCUAUUUUACCUAUUCCAGGUUCAAACAGCCAUUUAAUAUACAGAAAACUACGGUUUUAAAAUUGAGAAUAUUAAAUCGUUCCACAAAAUAGGUCACGACAAUACUACUACAUUGCAAGAGAUAUAUAGCCCCAGAUUGUGGUGCAUACCUUAGCUCAAAUUAACACAGGUGAUUUUUUCCAAUUGUUCAGAGUGCAGGAAAGCUUUUAAUGAAUAACUAGCUUUCCAUUCUAAUUAUUACAAUCCUGGUUUAUAAUACCUCAAUGUCUCUGGUAUUUUUAGUUUUCCUGUACACAACGUGUAGCAACAAAUAGUCUUAACUGCUUUUGCUGAUCAUGACAUAUUAUUGAUGUUUGAUUUGAGCAGAUACUGUGUUUGAAUUACUAUGUGAAGUGUGCCGUUUCAACCAUGGAACCUGCUAUAGUAAUCAUAAUGCAUUUUUAAAGUAAGUACCUUGGAAACAUUAGAAUUAUUGGAUUUUGUUUUGCUUGCAACUCUCCAUCCACCAGCAAAUUUAACAUUUUUGUCAUGAUAUUGUCAAAAGUGAGACCACUCUGAAGCUUACUGCCCGCAUGAAAGAAAAACUUUUCUAAUGCUUUCAGUUGUACAGCUUGGGAAACUAUUUUGAGAGUUCAGGUUUUGAAAAACUUUUAGUCACAAUAGUUCAGAAUGGUAAUUUUUAUUUCAGGUAUUUUUGCCUGCUUGAGAUUUAGAAGAAUUCUUUAUUUUUGUAAUAAUUAUGGAAAAAUCCCUGUGAAUUUUAAUACUGCAGUUGACUGGUAAAUACUUUUUACUAUUGCAUACUAUCUAUCAGGUUUAGCUGAAUAGAUAGCUGAAAUUGUCAUCUGCCAGUUACUCAUUACGUCAAGAACUGCAAUCAUGCUAUAGAAAAAGAUUGAUACCUGUGUUCUUCGUCACAAAUAUUCUGAUAUCCAACAAGAAAUCUAUUGCCUUGCCAUUUUCACUUCUACUAUCCCCAAAUAAUUGGAAUACUAUCAGAAAAUAUGUAUAAUACAAAUAAUAAUGCCCAGUACAUGAAGUGUUAUCGUAACUGCUAAAUCAGAGCUUUUUCAUUCUUCUUAAAUAUCAGCAACUUAAAUUUGAGAUUUCUGAUCAUUUAAUUGAAAGUUUUACAGUAAAUUAUAUUUUUCCUGGAAGCACCCUUUGCUUUGCUUUCCUCCCCCUCUCUGGAAAUAUUGAAUGUUGACAAAUGAAUCAGAGGCCAAUUUGCAGUUUUUCCUGCAACCAGUUUGCCUUGAAAUAACACAAAAACGGAAGUGCUGUUUCAAGUAGAAAGUCAUCUUUCCUUUUUAAGAGGAAAGGAACAGUUAUUGUAAGGGAACAUCUUUUCAGGAAUAUAACCCCAUGUUACUGAACAAGGUGGGCAUAAUAUGCGGUCGUAUACUUUGAGAAAGGUUGAUUGCAAUUUUUUUUUAUAGUUAUAACUAAUGCUAAGGCUAUGUGCUACAACAGAAACUUUACAAAAUGUUAAAGUCUCCAGUCUAAAAGGGCAUUGGUAAUGGCAGAAUGUAGCAUGUUCUGUCUAGAUAUACUUAAUCGGUUCUUGUAUCACUUGCAUUCAGAAAAAGAACGAAGAUAUAGGGGAACAUUGAUAUAAUUUUGAAUUGUGGCUCAGUACUUUCAAAUACAACAAAAUAAUUUCCUAAUUUGUUAUAAACUUGAACAAUUAAACUGUAAAAAUUCCUUUGCCAGUUUGCAGUUACAACACUUGUAUCAACUAGAUCAUUUGCACUUGUAAUAAGAAGCCUUUCUUGUCACUACAUUUCUAUGCAAAAAUGUUUUUCUCUUUGCAACAGGAUGAAAAUGAUGAUGAUUGUAGAUCUAUUUUCUUAUUUAUGAAGGGGUUUUUGCUAAAUGUCUUAAUAUUCAGAUCUCUAAUUAAAGCUAUAAUUUAAGAACAA